UGCCUCGAGCCCUGGGCUUGCUGCCAGCUGUUUCGCCCAUCCAAUGCUGGGAGCAGCUGUGUGCCCACAAACAGCGACGCUACAUCUGAGCGUAUCAGCAUGGUGGAAGGUCGGCGAUAUACUCCUUCGCCACUGAACGAUUUCGAAACCAUCCGGGCUGACAGAUGGUGCGGUCAGAGCACCAAGGUCCGCAAACGUUACUAAAGGGCGGCCGAGCUUGCGCACAGCAAGCCAAGAAGGGCAGGCUCGCCGUUUGUAUGCAAGAUCUGAACCCAGAAGACCACGAGCACCGCAGAGAAAUCGAACGGAAGGACUUCAAGGGACGCAGCCAGAUCGAAGGACUCAAGCAAAUCCUGACCAUGUUCGAAGGCAACCAUCAUAAAAGUGAUGGCAUUCCGAAAGGUCACACUCCAGUCUUUCAAGAUGGGUUGUAUGAUCAGCAUAAGAAUACGCAUACUAGUUGUAUGUGUAUGGUCGUCAAGCAGGGUGUCAUGACGAUUGGGCGACGCCCCGUUCGUCUCUCACUGCUCUCAUCACUCAUCGUCCUCGACAACCUCAACGACAUCAUCACCAGCGGCGACACAGUCAUUCAGAGCAGGUUCCUUGGGAGCUCAGGGUCCUGGAGGCAGACAUGGUUGGGGAGUAUUCGCCAAGCAGGACAAGCCUGGUGGUCGAUGAACUGCCGCACCCACCUCAAGUCAAACGCACAUCCAGCGGCGCAGUUUGGUCAUUUCUUUUCUCAUUCCAACCCAUUGCAAACGACGCAACAACGACUUUGCACGACAAGAAAACGCCUUCCUCAACAAACACAAAAUGGCGAACACAAUGGGUGCACCUCUCAGGCGCAUCCCAAAGGAGACGAACCUCCGCGACAUCGCUCGCAUCAAUGACGAAGGAAACGAAGAGUCGACCAGCAAUGUUGGAGAUGGAGGGUCGGUUGCCUCGACAGUCGUCCACCAUAGGACAUGGUUGGAGCGAGUCAAGAUGCUCUUGGGGAGGUUUCUGUGCGUGAAGGGAUGAGGGUUGCUGGAUGAGGAGGAGGGGCACUUUCAAGCCAUGAUGGC